AUGAUGAAGCUUGCAGUCCUUGUAAUUGACUACCCCAAUCGUUCUAGCAAUCACAUUGCUCCUAAAGAUGCCAAAUCGGUACUCAAAGAAGCGCUCUUCAACGUCAGUAUGUCCACUGAGAAAUUUCCACAUGAGAAGAUGCUGAGUUGCUAUCCCGAGCAAAGCAGGAAUGAAGCUUCACGGCGCUUUAAUAUGCCGGACUCUCGCAAAACCUUUCGGUCACGAUUGGCCCCUUAUUCAGUGCAAGGGGGCCCAUAUGGCAGCGAUUUACGCUUACUUCAGUCACGUUUUGUUAAUCUCUACAGGGCGAACGAGAAAGACGUAAGCACUCCAGGCCCAAACGACGACGAUCUUCUAAAAUCAGAGGAGAAAAAGAAAGGCAGUCAAGAAAGCGCAAAGGAAGGAGCACCAGGAGGAGAAGAGAAACAGCAACCUCCUUCCAUAGCACCCGAACCAACACAGGAAUCUACCUCUCUCGCCAUUGCACCCAAAGGAGGCGAAGGUGGUGACUCUACGAGGCAACCGCCUUCUUUGAUUGCAGCACCAACGGAGGACUCUACUUCUAUUGCAAUUGCUCCUAAACAAGGCGAAGGUUCUAUGAUGCAGCCUCCUUCUCUGGUUGCAGCUCCAACCGAGGAUUCCACUUCUCUUGCACUUGCUCCUCAAGUAGCAUGUGAAGGUCAAACUAGCGCUAGAGGGGAAACGCCAAGUGUUGUAGCAGCUCAGACCGAGGAGAAAGCAGGAGCUGCGGUGGAUAUGGGUAAAAAGACGAUCUCUACUACCAGCGUAACCAUGGGAGAUGAUAUGAGAAGCAAAAGAGAUGAGAUCUUUUCAGUCCUUGAAGAGGAUAUAGACCUAACAAAAUGCUUGGGCGAUUUCGAUGCAGAAAGUGUUGAAGGAGUUGGAGCAAGUGAUAGAAGAACAUUAGAUGCGGCUAAGAAGAUUCUCAAAAUUGCUCAUAAAGAAAAGGCAAUCGAGAAAACCUUGACCAAAGAGGAGAAUGAAAUCGUGUCAAAAUUCUUUUCCGGGAAAAUUCCAUACGAUCAAAAUGUUCUAAAUGUACUCGAUCGUGUGCUGGACAAAACGAUCGACUAUCUACAAACGCAUGGAGCCCAUUUAGAUCCGGAGACAAAGAGGCUAAUUGAU